CACAUUUAUCUUGAUUAAUGUUGGCCCUUUAAUCAUCGUUGAUUAAUAAACAAAAAAGGCCAUAAAAUUCUGUGCGUUUUUAUUGUAACUUGACUUUGAAGCCAAGAGAAGCUGAUGUUUACGUGCCUCGUAUGCAAAGUAAAGCCUACAGAAGUGCUUUUGGACAAGCCAAUAUUCCUUCCAUUAUUCUCUGCCUCAUCAUCACCAUAUGCAGGAUUUUUCCCUUGAUUUCACUGCAUCUCCUCUUAAGUUUGGGUUUAGCAGAAGAAGAGAAGAAAUUAAAGCAAUGGCCUCCCUCACACCAGGAGUUUUGAUCAAGUUUCUACAGAGCAUAAACUCCAACGUGAAGGUUCGAGGAGAAUACCGAUCAGUCCUGCUUCAAGUGAUCAGCAUUGUGCCUGCCUUGAGUGGCUCGGAACUCUGGCCUAACCAAGGAUUCUUCAUAAAAGUCUCCGAUUCUUCUCAUUCCACUUAUGUCUCGCUAUCGAGGGAAGACAAUGAGAUUAUAUUGAAUAACAAGUUGCAGCUUGGCCAGUUUUUUUAUGUCGAUAGAAUGGAGGCAGGAACACCGGUUCCUAUUCUUGUUGGAGUCAGACCAGUUCCAGGAAGACACCCUUUCGUGGGGAACCCUAAGGAUUUGAUGCAAAUGUUAGAGCCAUCAGAGAAUCCAGUCCAAGCUGAUCAUGAAGGAACAAAUAAUAGUUCCAAAUCGAGGGAACCCUUUGAUGAAAACCCGAGACAAAAGCUUGUUAUUAAAGAGGAAAAGGUGGCUGUUGCAUCUAGGUAUAUGAAAGGUGUUUCGACAUCAAAUUCAAAAGCUAGCGCAGCGGAUUCCAAUGGAGGUGGGAAGAACAAUGAUAAUGAGACUGGUGCUAAGAAGGUUGGCAUGGUGAAAGGCAAGCAGCAAGAGCUUAAUGGUCAGGCACGCUCAAUAGCUCCUCCCCGCAAUCGACCUCGUGCGCUUGCAUCAGAGGCAGAUGUGGCUGUAUCUAAUACCAAGGAGACUGCUGUGCCUUCAAGAAGCGCUUCUGCAAAACGCACUUCGGGCAAACAGGAAACCAUGAACACUAACUGCUUGUCAAACCGAAAAGAUAAAAGUAAUUCAGCAGAGGCAGUUUUGUGGCCUUCUCUUCCGGCUAAUUUUAUGAAGCUCGGAAAGGGAAUGCUUAGAAGGAGAAAUCUAGCUUCUUUGGUUGCAGCAGAAGCUCAAAAAGAAGCAUCUACAGCUGCAACUCUUGUCAAAUCCCUUAGUAUGUUCGCCGAUCUAUGCUCAUCUGCUUCGCCGGACAAUCCCCACAUCUCUCUGAACAAGUUUUUCAUACUCCACCAGCUCAUUGACCAACCAAAUAUUGCAGCUCCGUUAAAGGAUAAUUCAACUCCUUUAACUACAAAGCAGUUACCUCCAGAUGUCGAAACGUUGAGCAAAAAGACAGGCCUAAUUCAUGGUAAAGGUACAUUGAAGUCUUCGAAGGUCCCCGCUGAGUUAAGUGGAGCAGAGAAACUAGAAUGGGCGAAAGGAGAUGGUGCGAAAGAGAUAGCAGAACUCAGAGAAGCUCUCUUAAACAAAACAAGAUCUUGGUUCUUGAAAUUCUUGGAGGAGGCAUUGGAUUCUGGAUUUCGUCUGAAAACCCCCCAAGAGAAGAAAGGUAAGGACAGUGCUGGGCGCCGCAAUGAGCCAGAGAAUCAAAUCGCUGUGACGCUAUCACAGCUUAAGAAAGGAAAUGAGUGGUUGGAUAAACUGAAAAACAGUCAGAGCUCAGAGAACAAUGGAUUGGUGGAGACCGUUGACAGGUUGAAACAAAAAGUGUAUUCCUGUUUACUUGUUCAUGUUGAAUCUGCUGCUUCAGCUCUAGAAAACAGAUCCGAUCGCAAUUGAUUCAGCGAAACACACGAAUAAUUUAUUACAUUUGAGAUAGAUUUUGUUGCCAACCAAUGUGAUUUGAGCCAAGCAUUGUUACUGAACUUGUGGAUGAUGAAAUAAUUUAUGGAUGUUGCUUGUGUAUAAAUUAAUUCCAAUAAAAUGAUGAUAUUUUGUACAUAAA